AUGAGCAGAGACCGCAUUACAGACUAUAACAGCGGGGCUGGUCGCUAUGACAAUGGCUACAACAAUCAAUAUGGCGCACAAGGCGAAUAUGGCGGAAGAGGUUAUGGUGGCAAUCCCAAUAAUCAGUACAACCAACGCGGCCAAUAUAAUAAUCAGUACGACAAUAGGCAACAGCAACCAGCCGGCCAAGGGUAUGCUCAACAGGAUGUUGAGAUGACUACUGUGACAAAAAGUUCUAACGACGUUACUUCGUUCUUUGAGGAGAUCUCUUCCAUUCAAGAUGCAAUCAAAAAAAUGAAAACCAACGUUGACCAGAUUUCGGAGCUUCAUUCUCGCUCAUUGGGAACUAUUGCAGAGGAUGAAGCAACUAAGCGACAGCUCGAUGCUAUGAUAGCUGAUACGAGAACUCUGGCAAAUCAAGUGAAGGAUCGAAUCAAGGCUUUGGAAAGGAUGAAUGCAAAAUUACCGCCUAAUACUGGUGAUAUUAAUGUGCGCAGAGCACAGACGGAAGCUUUGCGCAAAAAGUUUAUGGAAGCUUUAACAAAUUACCAACAAAUAGAAUACCAAAAUCGGCAGAGAUACAGACAGAGAUUAGAACGACAGUAUAAAAUUGUCAAGCCUGGCGCAACACAAGAUGAAAUUGACGCCGCAUUAGACAACGAUGAAGGAACACAGAUCUUCGCUCAAUCGUUAAUGCAAUCAACAAGACAGGGUGCAGCUCGAGAAGCAUUAAAGGAAGUACAACAGCGUCAUGAUGAUAUAAAGAAGAUUGAAAAGACUAUUGAGGAAUUGGCAAAUCUAUUUGAGGAAAUGCAGCUAAUGGUCGAGGUACAGGAUACCCAAAUAGACCAGAUUGAACAACAUGCAAACGAUGUUGAACAAAACCUCAGUUCGGGUGUGGAGCAUGUGGGAAAAGCUCUUGAACAUGCCAAGUCAGCAAGAAGGAAAAAAUGGUGCUGUUUCCUCAUCCUACUCAUUAUCUUGGCAAUUGGUGCGCUCUUGGUGUAUCUCUACGUUAUCAAACCAAGCCAGGGAAAUAGCAACAAUAGCAGCAACGGUAACAAUGGUAACAGCGGUAGCAGCGGAAACAACAGUAGCAAUGGUGGCCAGAGAAGACUAGUCUACGAUUUUGCAGUUCUUAGUGUCCUGGUUAUUCCAAGUCUUGCUCACAGUCCACGGGGCUUAAAUCUGUCGUGUGAUGAUCUUCGAGUGAUGAUGGCGGUUGUGAUGGCGGUCGUGAUGGCGGUACGCACGGAGAAGAUGAGCGAUGCGGUAGUGAAGUUUGGACACGUCCUCAGACACGAACAAUGA